AUGUUUCAAUGUGCAGAGUGUGGCAAGUCCUAUCAGAGGAAGUCGCAUCUCUCGCGCCACGAGGAGACACAUACGCGUCAGCUCUCCUUCAGCUGUCCGGUUUGCAGCAAAGCCUUUUCCAAGUCGGAGGUUGCUCGAAGACACAGCAAAACAUGUGCAAAGAAAUACAACCAGCCUUUGCCGGCGGCGAGCAAGCCUGGUAGAAAACGCCUGUCUUGCGACGCUUGCUCAGCUUCCAAGACAGCGUGUGAUCGAAAGCAUCCGUGUUCUCGUUGCGAAUCUUUGAAACGAGGUUGUACCUAUGCGGGCCAAGAGGCAGCUUCUCCGGUAGAGGACCGUUCGACCGAUGUCUCGUCGCCACGGGAUGAUCCAUUCUCGUUUCUUAGGUACUUCACGGAUCCUUCUGCGGGAAUGGAUAGGCUUGCCAUCGGCAAGACUGCAGAGUACUCUAUUCGCAGAAACCUGGAAGGGCUCUACACCCACCUCGAAAGCGAGUUGAUACCUGUCAACCCUCCUCCGAAUUCCAUAGGAGAUAUUCCGUUUCCUAGUGAUUUCUUACCUGUUGGACUCUGGUCUGACGACUCCUUCUCGCCGAAGCUGUUGAAACAGCUCAAUGAUAUUCUCAGAGAGCUGGUUGAAAUUUCCAAGUCAAUGAGUCCCAUCGACGGAGGGCAGCAUAGACCGCUUGAUAUGCUGGAACUAACCUCCCUUUUCACAGCCACAAAUCUGUUUGCCUUCAUCUCGGUUUUCUUUCAUUCACUGCACUGGCAUCUCCCAGUAGUUCAUUUCCCCACGUUUGAUCCAGGCAACGUUUCUACCUUUCUCCUACUCUCUAUCUGCCUGACUGGCGCAACAUACACUUCACCGAUUGGUGGAACAACUUUACCACCGCGGCUCCUGGAUGUCGCCGAGGAGCUUAUCUUCCGACAAAUAACCAGCCUUUCCACUCUGCCACCCGUCUCCCUGAAGAAUCCGACGCAGCUGCUGCCCACCGUGCAGUUGAUUCAAAGCGCUUUAAUCAUGGAAAUGCUGCAGUUCGGACAAGACCAAACGGACACGAGGCGACGUAUUCGGAUCAUUCGUCAUCCAUGCCUAGUGUCUGUACUGCGAUCGCUAGGAUUCUUCCAGCUCAGGCGAAGCAUGACUCCCAGUGUCUGUGACGACUCUACGUGGAGGGAUAUGGUAGCAGAGGAGGCUUGUAUACGAGUCGCCUCCUGGGUCUUCCUCGCAGAUGGAUUCCUUACUGUCUGUUUCAAGAACCAUCCCUCCUUGUCCAGUUUCGAGAUGAACUGCGACUUCCCGUGGCCUACUGAAUUAUGGGAGGCGGACGGGGCGUCUGCCUUCAAUACGAGCGUUGCGUCUCAUGCCAAUGCACCGCCAAUACCACCGCUCCGUGAAGCUCUAGGUCAAUUGCUCAGUCACUCCAACCCCGGUGAUCCGAUAACGUGGCAUCGCUCGCCAUCAGUGGAGCACCUAUUGAUACUGAUAUAUGCCAUGAACACGCUUGCAUUCCAAGCCCGAGCUGGCUUUCUUGGAUAUCUCCCAUCCAAAAGCAUAGAGAACGCCGCUCGAAACUGGAAAGGGAUUUGGGAUUCUACGAUAGCUCGGUUGGGCAAGGAGCGGUAUUUGCUGCUGGGCUAUCCUCAGCAUGCUGAAGAGCUCUGGUGUCUACUGACCGCCACAUUGAACGUGUCCAACAAACAGCAGACAUCGAUUCGGUACUUGGAUAGCGCGGCAACGGAUGAUCUGGAAGACCUGCAUGAAUUCAUUGAGCGGUGUGGUCCAGCGGGUGGAUGAGUGGAACAUGCUGGUGUUUUAGGACAUUCGUUCCAGACAACAGACAUCGCAGAUCCCCAUUGAUGAAAAUGCAACCUCAUAAUUUGCGACUGGGGAGGAUAGCCAUCCUUGUAUUCCUUGAGCGCAUAAAAGUUCCAAUACGCAGAGCCUGCAUUAUCGGGAUCGAUUGAAAAGAGAUUCAAACUAACCCUAAUAUCUUGUGGCCGAGCUCUCACCAGAGAAGUCAUUUAUUAGAGCAUAUUACUUGGCUUUUAUGCACAUGACUGAGGAUGAACAAGACUUCCCAGAGAACACUUGCCUCGGCACUCCGCCAACCAGGGAUCAUCAUGGUUUGAACUCUACGAAACCGUUACACUGUUAACAUGAUAAUUAUACAUUAAUUUAUACAUACUAUUUACACAAGCGCAUCCUU